AUGAGUGGAAGGGGCAAGGCCAAGGGCGCUGGCGCGCCCAAGAAGGUCACCAAGAGCAUCAAGGCCGGGCUGCAGUUCCCUGUGGGCCGCAUGCAGCGCUACCUGCGUAAGGGGCGGUAUGCAGAGCGCAUCGGAUCGGGCGCCCCCGUGUACCUGGCCGCCGUGCUGGAGUACCUGGCGGCCGAGGUGCUGGAGCUGGCCGGCAACGCGGCCCGCGACAACAAGAAGACCCGCAUCACCCCCCGCCACAUCCAGCUGGCUGUGCGCAACGACGAGGAGCUGAGCAAGCUGCUGGCGGGUGUGACCAUUUCCGAGGGCGGCGUGCUGCCCAACAUCCACUCCAUGCUGCUGCCCAAAAAGGGCAAGAAGAAGGGCGGCGAGGCAGGCAGCAUGUCGCAAGAGUAUUGA